AUGCCUAGUACCACUACACCAAACAGAAAAUCAUCAACUAGUUCAACUCAAAUACAUUCAGCACAAGCUGAAAAUGUUCAAGUUGAAUCUGUUGUUCAAACUCAAACUCAAACUCAAUCAAAGGUUGGCAUGGAGAAUAGCAAGAAAAUAACAGAUCUUAUGGCUCGUCUAGGCACAACUCAUCUUCAAAUUGACAAAUAUUCACGUAAGCGCAAUGACGAAAUUAAUGACGCUGUUCUUGGAUCAAUUAAAAAGAUCGUCGCUGGCACACAAGAACAGCAACAACAUCUUCUUGCCGAGGCUAAUUUACGUACAACAGAUAUUGAAAAUGAAUUUCAAGCGAGAUUGCAAGAUUAUAUUGCUAAACUUGACAAUGAAAAAGCAACUGUACUCGUUCAGCUAGAAAAAGAUCUUGAUGUUCGCCAACAAGUUAUUCUUGAAUCAGCUCGUAAACGUAUUGAUGAUCUUAAUACAAAAGCCAAUCGUUUGAAAAUGAAUGUUCUUAAAGAAGCCCAAGCUCAAAGUUGUGUACAAAUGACAAAAAUUACAGAGCAAGUUGCUGUUCUUGAACAUGAAGAAGCUGCACGUCGCCUUGCAUCAACCACUAAAACAAUAAUUACAACUAAGUCAGUAUCUGCUAGUGAAGCACACCAUCAAGAUCAUUCAACAACAAACGACCAGGUGACAACACACGUUGAAGCAUUAAAAUCUCCCAGCAGCUCGUCAACAAUAUCUACUGAGUCUCGCCAAACGAAAUAA